AUGGCCUCCACCGCCCGGGACGAAUCCUCCGACAACGACAGCACCUGCUCCUCGGGAACCGUGCUCGACUCCUCCCGCAGCUGGCUCAGCACCUUUAGCUUUCGCCGCGCCAGCCGCGGCACCAGCCGCAGCUCCCUCUCCCUCUCCGAGACUACCACCGGGGCUGCAUGUGAGGCGAUGCGCCGGCUCCACCUCCACAACACUGUUGGCCUCGAUCACUUCCGCCUUCUGCGGCGGCUCGGAAGCGGCGACAUCGGGAACGUGUACCUCUGCCAGAUACGGAAUCCGGUGGUGGGGUUGCCGCAGUGCCUCUACGCCAUGAAGGUGGUGGACAGAGAGGCGCUGGCCAUACGAAAGAAGCUGGAGCGGGCGGAGAUGGAGAAGGAGAUUCUAGCCAUGAUGGAUCACCCCUUCUUGCCUACCCUAUACGCUGCGUUUGAUGCCUCUCAUUACUCUUGCUUCGUCAUGGACUUUUGCCCCGGCGGAGACUUAUUCUCCGCUCGCCAACGCAACCCUGGGAAACGCUUUACCAUCUCAUCCGCUAAGUUUUAUGCAGCCGAGACCCUCGUGGCAUUAGAGUAUCUCCACAUGAAGGGUGUAGUGUACAGGGAUUUGAAGCCGGAAAAUGUGCUGGUGAGGGAGGACGGGCACAUUAUGCUUUCGGAUUUUGAUCUGUGUCUCAAAUGCGACGUCGUUCCAAAGCUGUUGAGAAGCAAAACCAGAUCGGAAGGCAGCGUCAAGACUCGAACAUCUUCUUGUGCUGCCCCUGUGCAAUCCUGUUUCUCCUCCUCAAGCAAGAGAAAGAAGGUAACAACAGUUAUAAGGGAGAAUGUGGAAGUGUGUGAACUUGACACAGAGGUAGUGGCAGAGCCCAUCAAUGCAAGGUCCAAGUCAUUUGUGGGAACCCAUGAGUACUUGGCACCUGAAGUGAUUUCUGGUCAAGGACAUGGCAGUGCAGUGGAUUGGUGGACUUUUGGAGUUUUCUUGUAUGAAAUGUUAUAUGGGAGAACACCCUUCAAAGGUGAGAACAAUGAGAAAACACUCACAAACAUUCUGAAGCAGCCCUUGGCUUUCCCUAGAAUUGCAGUGAGUAGCAGCAAGGAGUUUGAAGAGAUGGUGAGGGUUCAAGACCUCAUCAGUAAGCUCUUGUUGAAGAACCCAAAGAAGAGAAUUGGGUGCUGCAUGGGCUCAGUUGAGAUCAAGAGGCAUGAGUUCUUCAAGGGAGUGAAUUGGGCUCUAAUUAGAUCAGUUAGGCCACCGGAGGUCCCUACUGAUAUGAAAAAGAUUAGGAGUAGAGUUUUGUUACAGAAACUCAGCACGAAAGAGAAGGAUCAACCCUUUCAGAUUACUCAUCAUUUUGACUACUUCUGA